CCCUUGCACAACAAUCCUUCCCCUGAAGCUUGACAAGUGUGUGCCUUCUCAGUCUUAAGAUUUUUGAGCUUCAGGAUGUCAUUUGUUGUAUUGCGAUGCGUGUUAGUCGCCGCGUCAUUGACGCUGACCACGUGCAGUGAGGAUGGACUUUCGAAAUGGAUUUUCCCUAAACAAACUCGUGCUGAACCAGCUUGUCCUGCAACUGAAUAUGCUGCUUCAGUCAUGACGGAGCAAAACACUGUUAUUAAUGCAAUGUGCCGAGCAUCGUGUCAAGAUACCGAGACAGAAAUAUGUGAUAUGGAUAUUAAUGCCUUACCCUGUGGUACCGCUGACGAGGAAUUAGGAUGCAAGUCAUGUGCUAGAAAUAACGAUCUAGAAAUCCAGCAAACUUCUGGUUUCGAUAUAUGUAAUUGGUUUUGUCACACCGAAUGCAGAAGUUAUGGAGGAACGUGUAGAUUGCUCAAAUGUGACGACAACGAGCGCUUAGGAUAUAUCGGAACCUGUCCACUGCCCUGGCUAUGUAAAUGUUGCAAACCGUCACAGGGAUAUCCAGGGCCAUCAAAGUCUCCUGGUGAACAGGGCGACCCACAAUUCCGUACAUUCGAUGGCUUUCAUUUCAUGUACAAUGGCCACAGUGACUGCGAGUACGUAUUCUUUCAAGAGUGUGUACCUCGCCCGUCAUUCAGUGUUUUGAUCCGUCACCAAUAUCUCGAAAAUGCCAUGAAAAUGGUCGUUACCGAAGUUUCGAUUAUCCACAAUGGAGACCGUGUUACCUUGAUUGAAGACAGGCUUUACAUAAAUGGCAAAAUCCAUAACUUAUUGUCUCCACUGAAACUCGGAAAUCUGACAGUGACACGAGACAAUGCAGGAUACGUGAGAGCAAAACUAGAUUAUACAUUUACGUUGACAUGGAACGGCAAAGGACGCGUUGCUCCUGUUCUGAACCAAUCUAUUUUCGGAAAAGUGUGUGGCUUGAUGGGAAAUGCUGACGGAGAUCCGUCUAAUGAUAUGCAGGUACCGAUGCCUGACGGGAAAUUGAAAUUAGUGACUGAGUCUGAUGAUUUUGGAGACAAGUGGAUUGUUCCAGGAAGUUGCAGUAUAUAAUCCGAAAGGUAGACGUUGGUAUUCAUGAGAACAUCUACAAUGACAUAUUCGACGAUGGUGACGGGUCUUUCAAUUAUUCAUAUGUAAAACACGUUAAAUAAGCAGUGUUUACAUUAUGGAUUAGUGGUAAUAAAAUGCGAUUACAGCUAAUAUGC